AGCCGCACCAGAUAGCGCACACUCACAGAUAUAUCAGUCCCCUAAAUAGGCCUGGUCAUUGGGAUCCUAUUCACUGGAACACUAGUGACAAUAAGCAAAGAUAAAUAAGGUAUCAACAUUUCCCUGGAUUUGUCCUGAUCCGAGAGAACGCAACCUGCCUGGUGGAGGUAAUCAGACAUAUGUAGCGGACUAAUGUCGAGGAGUGUGCGCAAUUUGCGGCUUGAUUGAAUCGACGGUCGGGGCUUGGUGGAGGUAUGCGUUCCACAGAGCGCCAUUCUCUCUCUCUCUCUCUCUCUCUCUCUUCUCCAGUCUUUCGGUACCAACUCUUUCCCGGACGGUUUGGUUUUGAACUGAAAGCGCGUCAAAUCACACGAGGCUGUGGGCUGGCACAGGGCGGCCCGUGAGGAGCGAGGGUCGCGACCGCGCUGUCACAUGACGGACAGAGAGGCGCCAGGGAACACGGCUGUGGUGGAGCUGGAGGUGAUGGAGGCCCAGAAGAGCCAGGUGCUGAACCUUGAGCGGGUGAGGGCGCUGGACACCUGGCUGAAAAUCACAAAUACCAAACUGACUCAAGUAAAUGGCCAGAGGAAGUAUGGAGGACCACCAGAGGUGUGGGACGGCCCCAUUCCAGGAGCCCACUGUGAGGUCUUCAUCAGCCAGAUCCCACGGGAUGCCUAUGAGGACCUGCUGAUCCCCGUGUUCAGCUCUGUGGGGCCUCUCUGGGAGUUUAGGCUCAUGAUGAACUUCAGCGGGCAGAACCGCGGCUUUGCAUACGCCAAAUACAGCUCAUCGAGUGUGGCUGCUGAAGCAAUCCGCCUGCUGCAUGGCCACAUCCUGGAGCCUGGCUCCCACAUCAGCGUCCGCCACAGUAUAGAGAAGAGGCACCUGUGUAUUGGAGAGCUACCCGCUGCCACCAAGCAAGAGGACCUACUGAAGAUACUGCGUAUGCUGGCGGAGGGGGUGGAGAGAGUGUCUCUGAAGGCUGGGCCUGGUAUCGAGGGGAUGUGUGCUAUCGUAGCCUUCUCAUCCCACCACACUGCUUCUAUGGCCAAGAAGAUGCUCGAGGAAGCGUUCAAGAAGGAGUUUGCACUGAGCAUCUCAGUCAAGUGGCAGUCAACAGUGAAGCUGAGUCAGGAUGAGUUGCUUCCCCCAAAGAAACCUCUGAAGACCCACCUGGCAUCUCCCCUGAAGCCGCCGCGCCACAUCCUGAACUCUCCACAGCCCUCAGUCCCACCUCCCUGUCUGGCUUCUCGUCCAGUCAACCCCCCAGGUUUCAGCAGAGCAGUGGGAGGACCCACUGCCCCCCCGCACCCUCAUCCUCCCUGCCACUCCGCCUCCACUUCCUCCUCCAAGGGGCAUCUUGUGUCGGCACCGUCUCCAGUGAUGCUCCUGCACAAGGCGUGUGAGGUGACGGGGGUCGGUCAGCCACACUAUGACGUGCACUACAUCUGCACCGGGCCGGACGGCUUCAUCUACUUUACCUUCACAGUGUGUAUCCCCGGGAUAACCCUUCCCUUUAAAGGGCUGGUCUCCAUCUUGCCAGGAGCCAAUGCCACCACCAUGCUGGAGGAAGGUCGGCAGGCUGCGGCGCAGCAGGUCCUGCACAGGGUUUACAACAGCCUGUCGUCCCAGUGAGCGGCUCAUCAGAUUACUACAGGCUCCUCCUGCAGCACUGUUAAACACCAUGUUGGUUUUGUUGAGGUUUGUCGGUUUGUUGAUUUCUGCAUGUUUUUAUUCGAGUAGCAGUAGAAUUGCUUGUCUUGUUUAAAGUUCUGCCGUUUGUUUUAUGCAUGCUUUUCUAUGUAUUACUGUUGGAUUGUUCCUCAUUUUAAUUAAAUGAGAUUUGAAA